UUUGUGGCAAUUUUCCUCACAAGUUCUAGUAAUUUAUAAUUUUUUAAAAAAUAAGUUGCUAAUAUUUGUUCAAAGUUUUUAUCAAAAUAAUUUGUUCAGAGUAAAUUUCAAAAUUAAAAUACUUAUGUAUUUUAUAUGGUAUGUAGUUUAAUUAAAACGAUAUUCUCUUUUAAUCUUAAUAAUUAGUUAAAUUAGACAUUUUACUUGUAUGAUUUUAUAAUCAUUUGUAUUUUGUCAUAACAAAAAUUUUAAACUAUGGAUCAUAAAAUUGGAAUGUGAGAAUUUUAACAGUUUUAGUAAUUAAUAAUCAUUUCAAAAAAAAUUAAAAUAUAACACAUACAAAAAAAUCUGAAUUUUUAUUAUAUGGUUAAGGUGAUUGUUUAAUUAUUUUAAUAGUUUCAAUUUAAACAAAUAUUAUAGAAGAAGAUACACUAAUUUUUAUUAAAUCUUUUCAAAAUCAUUAAUUGUCAUAUAUAUGUUAGUCACAUUAGGAAAUAAUAAAGAACAUUAAUAAUAAAUUUAUGGUUAGUUUAAUAAAAGUUUAUUAUAUAAUUAGAUGGACCAGAAUAUUUCUCUAAAGAUUAUAAGAAUCAUACUAGUGAUGACACGUGGAUACAAAAAAAUUUGUAAUGUUUCUCAAUUAAUAUAUAAAGGAUAAGAUAUAUAAUGGUGCAUAUAACAUGUGUAAAUCUAAAAACGAAGUUAGCCAUCUUAAAAUUGUUAAAAUAUGAUCUUAGAUAAUUGACCAAAUCUAAAAGAUACCAUCCAUUAGUGUAUCUAUCUUACCAGAAUUUUUUUUUUUUUUUAGUUGUAAGACAUGACGAAGUUAUUGAUCACUCUGGCAUUAUUAUAUCAUAUCAUGUAUCACGUUUGGACGACUAAAGCUAAAACAAAUCCUCCAAAUUGUACCUGAAUAAAUGAGAGUGAACAUAACGGGUUGUUGGAUUAUAAAAUCAUCUAAACUCUUAAAAAGAGCCACAACCAUUUUAAAACAAAUAUAUUUUAUGUUACUUUUAUAACGUUUCAUGCGCCACUAUGUGCAUAUGAAAACACAAUGGAUGCCAUUAUAUAAUAAACGUUGGGAUCACUUUCAGCCGUUCUUGACAAUAUAAGCCUCUAGAAUUGGGACUGCUUUUGUAGAAUAUGGACCGAUGGGACUUUGCCAAAUUUCAUUUUAACAGUUGGUCCUCGCUCCUAUCGAUUACUCAUUUUCCGCACGCCAUUGACAAUAUUAGAGAUCCCAUUAUUUUUAUCUUCAAUUAUUUUCUAGUCUCACACCAUACUUCCUAAUCCAAUUGUACAUCAACACGAUAUAAGCAGACAAAUCUAAACAUCUAAAUAAAAAGAAAAGCAUUAGUGAUAUUUUUGAAUUUUGAAAAUAGUAAUUUGAUGAUGUGUUAUUCACCAUCUUACGUCUCGCCACCUUAACUAGAGUCUUUGUUAUGAGAAACUCAAAAUAUUACUCUCUGUGUUCUUAAAUGUAGGAUGUUUUAAAAAAAAAUAAUGUUCUAAUAUAUUAGAUGUUUUCAACUUUUUAGGUAACUUUUAAUUUAUUAAAAACUGUGUAACCAAUCAUAUUUAAUAAUUUAUUUUGUAAUUGGUUGAAUACAAUUAUUUUAUAGUUUUAAUGAUACUUUCUAAAUAAAAAUAAUAAUUUUCUUAAUAUGUGUGUUUUUUUCUAAACAUCCUAUAUUUAGGAAUAACGUCAGUAUAUCAUUAUCGCAUUUAUUGGGUCAAUAAUCACAUUUAGUAGUGUAUAUCAUUCAUAAAUGGUUCGUUAUGUUUUUGAUUAAAGUACUUAUCAUUGGUUAGAUGAAUCAGAUCCACCAUCUGCUUUGUGUAUAUUUGGCUAGAUGUUUCCUUUUCACUUUUAUUUUUCAAGGUUUUUACAACGUGCUUACGCUAUUGCUGAAAGGAUCAAGAAUAUGAACAAGAGACUUUGCUACGCAUUUAUCCCUACAUGGAAAUUCAGUAAGAUGCUAUAUAUAGGAGAAAUACAUCUUUCUUUGAUAAUAAGUUUAUUUCUUCAAAUUAUCAUAACGCAUGGGCUUGCUCUCCCGUCUUCAUUGAUUUCUGAUAAAAUUUAUAUUUAAUAGCAAAAUAGAUGGUUGAACAAUAUUGAUUAAUUACGUAAAUUCCUAAAUCGUAUGCUUUCCUCAAAUGUUGUGACUAGUAUGAUAGGAACAGACAACUGAUAAGAUGAAUGGUUCGUUUUUAAAAAUAUGAAUAAGAGAGUUGAAAAGACGUUGACAAAUACCAAAAUAUUGGUAACACUGGUGAACCACUUGCUUUAAAUUAAGGAGAGUUAUUGUAAUUUGAGAAUUUUGAAAGUGAUGAGGUUAAUAAAGUAAUCAAAAAGGUAGUUGGAGCGUUGGCUUUUGUGGAGUAAUAUAACUUUCGUGACAUUCAACGGCGGGCUACUUUGGAAGACUACGUUCCAUGACCUUCAGUUAGCUAAUUACAUUACACAUCAUAUAACCUGUUAACGUACAUUUAGUUUUGUAGCAAUAGCAUAUACAAAUAUAUUCAAUAUUUUCCACCAAGAGUGUUGGCUGAUGUAGACACAAAACUAUUCUGAAAGAACCAAACAAGAUAAACUCAUAAUAAUCAGUGAUAAUGAUAAAUAUGACUCAUUAGAAAGAAAUAUUCAUUCCGUUCCAUGAAAAUAUACGUUUUAUUUUUAUUUGUUUCAGAAAGAUAUAAAUUUUAUGUUUUAAAAGUAAUUUUAAAAAUUGUUCAUUUUAUCCAUAUCAAUUUCUGUAUCCAUAUUAAUUAAGAUAAUUUUUACUGAGAUAAUAUUUUUUUGAAAAUAUGGUAUCAAAAAGACUAUUCUUUAGUCUUGCAGAUUUUUUUAAAGUGCGCGAAAUAACUAUUUUAAUCAUUUUCGUAGAGCUGAAAGAAAAACGACAUAAUAAAUGUAUAAUCUCCUUUAGUGAGUCACUACCGUUACCUGUGCUACAACCUACAAGAGACCAAGUCUCAAACCCAACCAACACAACACAACACAGCACAGCACAACACAUAACCCCUUAGCAGUAAAGACGAAAGUACCCUAACCUAUGUCACCAAUAUAAAUAAACCCACUCGAUCGCAUGUCAAACCCCAAUAUAUACUCAAAACUGACAGAAAAUUCCAACAGCUUUAUAUAACUAAAAGACAUGGGAGGAUCAAGAACAGCCUCUUCAGACAUCACUGCUUGGUGUUCUGCUGUUGGGUUGCUGUCUUUAAUACUUUUGUUAUCCGUUCGAGAGAAUAACGCUUCUAAUGAUUCGGUCAGAGGGUUUCAGUUCUCAGAGAAACCUUGUGAAGAAAUCUACAUCGUCGGAGAAGGAGAAACGCUUCACACCAUCGGAGAUAAAUGCGGCGACCCGUUUAUAGUUGAGCGAAACCCGCAUAUACAUGACCCGGAUGAUGUCUUUCCCGGUCUUGUUCUCAGGAUCGCACCUUUUUACUUCUCUAGAAAAGUUUAAUAUAUAUACAAAAACGUUUUUGCUUCUUUUAAUUUUGUUUGAACCAUACUUUUUUCCUUUUGUAAGUAUGUGUGUAUUUAUGUAAAUAUUAAAGAAAUUUUAUAACAUAUACAGAUAUUUGAACGAAA